AUGACAGACACAAAUAGGUCGAACAAUCAAAAAAAUAACAAUACUUAAUAAAAGGAUACCUAGGAAUAAUAAGAAUAGAAAAAGAUAGAAACUUUAAAUAAUUCAAAAGAUAUUUAAAAAAAAGAAGAUUAAUUAGAAAAACAAAAAAGCCUAAAAUAAGAAAAUCAAAAAGAAUAACCACUUUAAAAAGAACCUGAAGAAGUUGAGGAAAAUUAUGAGGAUGACAAUUAUGAAGAAGAAUUUAAUCAAGAAAAAGAAUAAGAGUAGGAGUAAAAGUAAGAGUAGGAGUAAGAAUAGGAGUAAGAGCAAGAUUAGGAACAGUAAGAAAAUGAGCAUUAAUCAGAACAGAAAGAUAAUAAAGAAAAUAAUGAAGAAGAAUAUUAGUGA